AUGGCUUGGAAUAUAUAUUGGAUCUCUCUGCUGUUACUGACAGUGUUUUUGGCACAGCAAGUUUCAUCACAAGAUGUAUCAAGCUGUACAGGGAGAUGUGGGGAAGGGUAUAAUAGGAAGCAUGACUGCCAAUGUGAUAGUAGCUGCCUUCUCUACGCGGAGUGCUGCUCAGAUUACCAGAAAGUCUGCGUUGAAGACCUCUCAUGUAAAGGACGUUGCACUGCACACUUUGUAAGAGGGAAACCUUGUGACUGUGACCCUGACUGCCAAAAAUAUGGCAAAUGCUGCGCAGAUUAUGAAGAGGCCUGCCCAGUGGCUACAACUACAGCACCAACAACUACCACCACCACAACCAAGGCUCCAAGGACAACUACCACCACCGUUCUUACAACCAUCACCACAACCAAACCACCAACCACAACACCCAAACCAAAGUCAACAACAAAGCGUUCACCAAAACUUCAGCCCAAACCCAAGCCCAAACCCAAGCCCAAACCCAAGCCCAAACCCCCAAAGAACAAAAAGAAACAAAAGAAAGUAUCUCAUGAAAUUAUGGAAGAACAUUCUGAACAGUCAUCAAUGUCAUCCUCCUCUACCUCAAAAAUUCGGAGAACUAAGGCCUCAGUAAGAAAUACUGGUGAUAAGCGCAAGAAGAAAAAUGGUAAAAAUGAUGAGGAAUUAGAAGAGGAAGAAGAAGAGGAAAAGAAAGCUCGUGAAUCAAAGUCAAAAUUAAAAUCUACAAAAUCCAAAGCAGUGAAAGUGGUCUCAGAAGAGGAUGGUAGUGGGGUAGAGAAUGCAGUGACGACAGCAGUGUUGUUACAACCUGGCCUGUCUGCAUUCGUUGUGUCUCUACCAGCGGUGAUGUUGCGACACCCUGAUGCUGAUGACAAAAAUGAUAGACCUGAAGGAGCUACUACAGUCAUAGAGACAAUAGUAACUGACCCCUUGAGUGAUUUGCCUGCCCCUGGGAAUGAUAAAAAUAACAAACCAGAGAAGACUACUGUAGUCACAGAGACAAUAACAACACAGACUGAUCCAGCUAGUGACUCACCAAGGCCCGUUGAUGAUGAAGAAAUAAGUGACAGGCCAGAAGUGAUCACUACAGUCACAGAGACAAUAAUAACAGAAACAAAUAAAAAAAUUGAUAAACCCACCCCUGAUGUCAAUGACAAAAACAGCAAUCCAGAAGUGACUACUACAGUCACAGAGACAAUAAUAACUGAGACUGAUCCAAUUGGUACUGAUGAAAGUGUUCCUUCCACAGGGAAACCUGAUACCCCAGAAAGCAUAACACAAUCUGAGCCACCAAAAGAUGAGCCUAAUCCCAAUACUGAUGGGAAUGGUGAUAGGCCAAAUGAUACUACAAAAAUAAUAGAGACAACAACCACAAUAACAAACUCACCAAAGAGUACACCAAGUCCUGACCAAAAGGACAAUCCCACUAAAGUCACGGAGACAACCACCACCAUCACAACAGAAUCCAAACCACUAAGUGAUUCCCCUAAUUCUGAUGAAAGUGACAGGCCAGACAGCAUCACUACAGUCACAAAAACAACUACAACUACCACAACAGAAUCAAGUCCUAACACUGAUGACAGUGAUAAAAAUGUCAAGUCAGAAGUCAUCACUAAAGUUACACGGAUAAUUACUACAACUACAACCACCACCACCCAAUCCAAUACAACUGAACAUCCAGAAACAACUACACGUAAUGUUACGACUAAUACAAAAAUUGAUCUUGUUUCAGAUAGAGAACCGACCAAGGAAAAUCCAACUAACAAGAAUACAAAUACUACAGUAACACAGGUGACUACAACUUCCUCGAUAACAUCAAAUCCUGUUGACACCCCAUCCUCUACAGAAGACAAGACUACAGUAUAUACUUCCACUUUGCCUACCACACGUAUACCAACAAGAAGGCGACAGGUGACAUAUUACCCCACUACAACAAACUCUACAGUUACUACAACAAGACUUCCAGAGAGGAUUACCAACAUAACCACAGAAUAUGUUCGGCCAGAUAAGAUUGUCACCCAUCUACUGUACAAAGAUUUACCUGAUGAGAUGAACUUGUGUAACCGGAAGGCUGCAGAUGGGAUUGUCCCUUUACGAAAUGGAUCAUUAGCUGUGUUCAGAGGUCACUAUUACUGGAUCUUAAAUGGAACAAAACCGCCAACACCUGCCCCUCGUAAAAUCACAGAGGUUUGGGGAAUCCCGUCCCCUAUUGACACUGUCUUCUCUAGAUGUAAUUGUGAUGGUAAAACCUUCUUUUUCAAGGAUGCUCGGUACUGGCGCUUCACCAAUGAUGUAAUGGAUGCUGGCUACCCCAAACAAAUUAUAAAAGGAUUUGGAGGACUGAGUGGGAAAAUUACAGGAGCACUUUCUGUGGCUAAACACAGGAACAGACCAGAAUCUGUGUAUUUCUUCAAAAAUGGUGGCAAACUUCAACAAUACACCUACAAACAAGAAGGACCAAAGAAGUGCAAGAAGAAAGUUGUGUCUGUGAACUAUCCAAUGUAUAAACCAAAAACUGUCAUUAGGAGGAGACGACGGCGCUUUGAACGUGCAGUAAGACCCCAGCAUUUUGUCCGCAAUGUCAGGGUCCAACAUUACCCAGUCGUUCAGAUCAGGCAUCAACCAACAGGAAUACUGCAGCCAGAGGUCAAAGUCUCAUCAUACUGGAGAGGAUUUCCAAAAGUGGUAAAUUCUGUAAUUUCAAUUCCUAAUGAUCAGAAGCCAGAUGGAUAUGAUUACUACGCUUUUUCUAAAGAUCAAUAUUACAGCGUGGAUGUGGGCAGCAGAAUAGCAAGACCUGUCACACUGCAGACUGGUCAGUCUGUAUCCAAUGCCUGGUAUAAGUGUCCUGCAGAGUGAUCUAGAGACUCAAAGAGCAGAAAGAAACACUCUUGUGUUUAAC